GGCUUAAACGACACAAAACGUAUCCCACUGGUGAGUUUGUAUGCACUGCUUGACAGUGCCGCAUCAUGGACCUGUACAAAGCAGUGUUGCUAGGCGUCCUUUUCUCUGCAGUCAGUGCGGGUGUCCUGGAUGAAUAUGCAAAAACAGAGGGCGCCCGGAUUAUGUCUAUAUUGAAGAGGGAGUACUCAGUAGGCACGGUCCUAGAAUGUGCCAUCAAGUGUAACGCUGAAACAGCUUUCACUUGCAGGUCCUUUAUAUACAUUGAAAAGGAUCAAGAAUGUUUGACAAUACCAGCAAACACCAAAACAGAGCAUGUUCUGAGAAGAACCAGCACAGCUCUCUACGAAAAGAAAGUGUACUUGAUGGAGUGUGUGAAUGGAAUCGGUAUGGACUACAGAGGAACUAAGUCCAAAACAAAAUCAGGGAAGACAUGCCAGAGAUGGGCAUCAAAAUACCCCCAUAACCCCAACAUGACCCCUUCAACACACCCCAAUGCCGACCUGGAGUCCAACUUCUGUAGAAACCCAGAUGGCGACAGCAAAGGACCCUGGUGCUACACCAAAGACCCUGAGACCAGGUGGGAGACCUGCAACGUCCAGGACUGCAGCGCUUCUAAGCCUCCCACGGUGGUGGAGGAGCUCACCUGUAGCACAGGCGACGGCGUUGCCUACAGGGGAACUGUUGCCGUGACAACGUCUGGGAAAGCCUGUCAGGCCUGGGCAGCUCAGACGCCCCAAAAGCACAACAGAACUCCAGACAACUACCCAUCCAACGGCCUGACCCUGAACUACUGCAGGAACCCAGACAAUGAGAGGAUGCCCUGGUGCUACACUACAGACCCAGAGACACGUUGGGAGUACUGCAAGGUGCCUAGCUGUGGAGACGUUCCUGGACCAGGUCACUUUACACUGUCGUGUGAUGAUGAUGAUGAUGAUGUGAAUGCAUUGGAUUUAUUUUGUAGUAAAGAACUUCUGAAGCCUCCCACGGUGGUGGAGGAGCUCACCUGUAGCACAGGCGACGGCGUUGCCUACAGGGGAACUGUUGCCGUGACAACGUCUGGGAAAGCCUGUCAGGCCUGGGCAGCUCAGACGCCCCAAAAGCACAACAGAACUCCAGACAACUACCCAUCCAACGGCCUGACCCUGAACUACUGCAGGAACCCAGACAAUGAGAGGAUGCCCUGGUGCUACACUACAGACCCAGAGACACGUUGGGAGUACUGCAAGGUGCCUAGCUGUGGAGACGUUCCUGGACCAGCUUCUAAGCCUCCCACGGUGGUGGAGGAGCUCACCUGUAGCACAGGCGACGGCGUUGCCUACAGGGGAACUGUUGCCGUGACAACGUCUGGGAAAGCCUGUCAGGCCUGGGCAGCUCAGACGCCCCAAAAGCACAACAGAACUCCAGACAACUACCCAUCCAACGGCCUGACCCUGAACUACUGCAGGAACCCAGACAAUGAGAGGAUGCCCUGGUGCUACACUACAGACCCAGAGACACGUUGGGAGUACUGCAAGGUGCCUAGCUGUGGAGACGUUCCUGGACCAGCUUCUAAGCCUCCCACGGUGGUGGAGGAGCUCACCUGUAGCACAGGCGACGGCGUUGCCUACAGGGGAACUGUUGCCGUGACAACGUCUGGGAAAGCCUGUCAGGCCUGGGCAGCUCAGACGCCCCAAAAGCACAACAGAACUCCAGACAACUACCCAUCCAACGGCCUGGACCUGAACUACUGCAGGAACCCAGACAAUGAGAGGAUGCCCUGGUGCUACACUACAGACCCAGAGACACGUUGGGAGUACUGCAAGGUGCCUAGCUGUGGAGACGUUCCUGGACCAGCUUCUAAGCCUCCCACGGUGGUGGAGGAGCUCACCUGUAGCACAGGCGACGGCGUUGCCUACAGGGGAACUGUUGCCGUGACAACGUCUGGGAAAGCCUGUCAGGCCUGGGCAGCUCAGACGCCCCAAAAGCACAACAGAACUCCAGACAACUACCCAUCCAACGGCCUGGACCUGAACUACUGCAGGAACCCAGACAAUGAGAGGAUGCCCUGGUGCUACACUACAGACCCAGAGACACGUUGGGAGUACUGCAAGGUGCCUAGCUGUGGAGACGUUCCUGGACCAGCUUCUAAGCCUCCCACGGUGGUGGAGGAGCUCACCUGUAGCACAGGCGACGGCGUUGCCUACAGGGGAACUGUUGCCGUGACAACGUCUGGGAAAGCCUGUCAGGCCUGGGCAGCUCAGACGCCCCAAAAGCACAACAGAACUCCAGACAACUACCCAUCCAAAGGCCUGGACCUGAACUACUGCAGGAACCCAGACAAUGAGAGGAUGCCCUGGUGCUACACUACAGACCCAGAGACACGUUGGGAGUACUGCAAGGUGCCUAGCUGUGGAGACGUUCCUGGACCAGCUUCUAAGCCUCCCACGGUGGUGGAGGAGCUCACCUGUAGCACAGGCGACGGCGUUGCCUACAGGGGAACUGUUGCCGUGACAACGUCUGGGAAAGCCUGUCAGGCCUGGGCAGCUCAGACGCCCCAAAAGCACAACAGAACUCCAGACAACUACCCAUCCAACGGCCUGGACCUGAACUACUGCAGGAACCCAGACAAUGAGAGGAUGCCCUGGUGCUACACUACAGACCCAGAGACACGUUGGGAGUACUGCAAGGUGCCUAGCUGUGGAGACGUUCCUGGACCAGCUUCUAAGCCUCCCACGGUGGUGGAGGAGCUCACCUGUAGCACAGGCGACGGCGUUGCCUACAGGGGAACUGUUGCCGUGACAAUGUCUGGGAAAGCCUGUCAGGCCUGGGCAGCUCAGACGCCCCAAAAGCACAACAGAACUCCAGACAACUACCCAUCCAAAGGCCUGGACCUGAACUACUGCAGGAACCCAGACAAUGAGAGGAUGCCCUGGUGCUACACUACAGACCCAGAGACACGUUGGGAGUACUGCAAGGUGCCUAGCUGUGGAGACGUUCCUGGACCAGCUUCUAAGCCUCCCACGGUGGUGGAGGAGCUCACCUGUAGCACAGGCGACGGCGUUGCCUACAGGGGAACUGUUGCCGUGACAACAUCUGGGAAAGCCUGUCAGGCCUGGGCAGCUCAGACGCCCCAAAAGCACAACAGAACUCCAGACAACUACCCAUCCAAAGGCCUGGACCUGAACUACUGCAGGAACCCAGACAAUGAGAGGAUGCCCUGGUGCUACACUACAGACCCAGAGACACGUUGGGAGUACUGCAAGGUGCCUAGCUGUGGAGACGUUCCUGGACCAGCUUCUGAGCCUCCCACGGUGGUGGAGGAGCUCACCUGUAGCACAGGCGACGGCGUUGCCUACAGGGGAACUGUUGCCGUGACAACGUCUGGGAAAGCCUGUCAGGCCUGGGCAGCUCAGACGCCCCAAAAGCACAACAGAACUCCAGACAACUACCCAUCCAACGGCCUGGACCUGAACUACUGCAGGAACCCAGACAAUGAGAGGAUGCCCUGGUGCUACACUACAGACCCAGAGACACGUUGGGAGUACUGCAAGGUGCCUAGCUGUGGAGACGUUCCUGGACCAGAUUGCAAGGUGGGCAAUGGGGGGACAUACAGGGGUCCUGCUUCUAUGACCAUGUUGGGUGUCACAUGUCAGAGGUGGAGCUCCCAAAGCCCCCAUCAGCAUGCCAGUUUCAACCCUGAAUCCCACCCUGACAAAGGCCUGGAGUCCAACAAUUGCAGAAACCCUGACAAUGACGUGAAUGGACCAUGGUGCUACACCACAGACAGAAGCAAAAAAUGGGACUACUGCCAAAUCCCAGAAUGCGCUGGCUUGAAAUGUGGGCAGCCGGUUACAAAACCCAAGAGGUGUUUUGGUCGCAAAUCAAAUCAAAUCAAAUUGUAUCGCAUCGUUGGAGGCUGUGUGUCCAAACCCCACUCAUGGCCCUGGCAGAUCAGCCUGAGGACCAACACUGGUGUUCAUUUCUGUGGGGGAACUCUGAUCGCCCCUCAAUGGGUCCUCACCGCUGCCCACUGCCUGGAGAGAUCAAAGAGGCCAUCUGCCUACAAGGUGUUCAUGGGAACCCACACAGAGAGAGGAAAUGAAGCGACCAAGCAGGAGCGUAAUCUGGAGAAACUGAUCCUGGGACCUGACAGGACAGACAUUGCACUGCUGAAGCUAGAAACCCCUGCACUCAUAAAUGACAAGGUUUUACCAGCAUGCUUACCCGAGAAGGAUUACGUGGUACCACCUGGAACAGAGUGCUAUGUGACAGGAUGGGGAGAGACACAAGGAACUGGUGGAGAUGGGAUCCUCAAGGAGACGGGCUUCCCUGUUAUAGAAAAUAAAGUGUGUAAUCGUCCUGCCUACCUGAACAACAGAGUCAAGGACCAUGAGAUGUGUGCUGGGAACAUUGAAGGGGGAACAGACAGCUGUCAGGGUGACAGUGGUGGCCCUCUGGUGUGUCAUGCCCAGAACAGCUUUGUCCUCCAGGGAGUGACAUCCUGGGGUCUGGGCUGUGCCAACGCCUUGAAGCCAGGGGUGUACGCCAGAGUAUCAAAGUUUACGGAUUGGAUUAACAGUCAGAUGAAGAUUCAUUCUUAACACCCUACUCUCCAUAAUCUGAGGAAAUGUGUAAUUUGAGCCACAAAUCUAGUUUUGUUAAGAAUUGAAAGUACAAAUUAAAUACUUGUGGUAAGUGAUUUUGUCAGAAAUUGCAAGGAUCAUUAUUUUUGUUAAGAAAACAAAAUAAUUCAAUUGUUAAGCAAUGCAAAUAUGUUCUAGCCUGGAAGACAGCAAUGGUGUUCGGCCACAUGUUAAAAAAAUUAAAUAAAACAGCUGACAUUGUGUGCAAUUGGGA